CCAUAAUGAUAUGAUUUUAAAAUUCUGCUUCUGCCAAACGAAGCUGUUUAUUCUGAUGUUUGGCUCCCGUUUCUACUUCAGACAUGAGUCGGUCUAAUAUUCUCAUUUUGAUGAUCAUCAUCCCUCUAACUUUCUUUCAGUCAGUGAGAGGGAAGGAAUGUGUGUGCGAUCUAAAAAAUUCAGACCCUGCUUUCCCUGAUCAAAAACUAAAGAAAGUAGAAGCCAUGUCUGUGCAAUGCAUCGAGAGCAUCACUUCAGAAAGGAUGACAGACUUGGACCGACUUUUGUUGGGUCUACAACAACGCAUCAAGCAACUAGAGGACAAUGUGCUCAUGCUGGAAAAGGAGGAUGACAAGAAUCUUUAUGGGGCCGUGUCUCUGCGCAUCAUUGAGUUAGAGUUUGCCGAAAUACAGGACCUCCUCAACAAACUCAACAGGACCACCAACGAUUACCAACUUCUCAAUGUGCAGGUUGCAGGUCAGCUUGAAAAUAUGAAGGACACAAUGGCAGAGCUGGAGAAGUUUGACAACAUGCAGGUGAUAAAGAAGGAUCGAGAGAACCAGCGUUUUAAAAGGGACCUGGAACAGUGUAAAAAUGAUCUCAAGGUUACAUUACCACCUCCUACAGUUGCCCCAGGACGAUGUGGUCUGGGUGAAGUGGUCAGUGUGGUGGGACCUAGAACGUAUUCUAUCACGGUAUACAGCACCUACUACCCUUAUGGUGCUUGGGGUCGAGAUGCAAACCCCGCUCCAGGAGACGAGAACAAGUACUGGCUGGUGGUGCUCACAAGUAGUAACGUAUAUGGCUACUAUGUCCGUCAGUACAGCACCUUGAGUACACUUUUAUUAGGUUUAGGACCAAAAGAUACAUACAUAUCAAGCUCCAAUCCAACAACAAACACAAUUCAGGGACCAAACAUGGUCAUGUAUGCCAAUGCUCUCUACUAUAACUGUUACUAUACAUACUCUGUCUGUCAGUUCAACUUGGCGACUCAUGCUGUCAGUACUGUGGCUUUACCUAGUGAUACAGGUUACAAUAGCAAGUUUCCAUUCGGACACGUCGCUAACACAUACAGCUAUACUGAUAUGGAUUUUGCCACUGAUGAAUCAGGCAUCUAUGUUAUAUAUGCAACCACAAGCAACUUUGGAAAUGUGGUUAUCACUAAGCUUGAGACUAGUAGCCCACCAGUUUUGGGCCAAACUUGGAAAACGUCUUUGUACAAAGUGACUGCCACAAACACCUUCAUGGUGUGCGGUGUGCUUUAUGCUACACGUUACCUGGACAAAGAAACGGAACAGAUCUUUUACUCUUAUGACACGAAAACGAUGAAAGAGCGCUUUGAUUUGAAAAUGAAUAUUAAGAAGAUGCAGACUAAUAUUGAGUUUCUCAACUAUGACCCCAGAGAUCAUUUGCUGUAUGCCUACAGCGACGCCUACAUUGUAACUUACGAGCUUGUAUUUAAGUAAUUUUCCAAUGACUUGAUUCAAGAAAUUUGAAUAUGGCUGCAUCCUAUUUCACAUACUGUCUGUACUGUAUUGUAUGCAAGGUAUAAUUGUAUUCCAAAGAAACCCAGAUAGCAAUUUUUUUAAAGUGUGUAUUAUUUGGAGGGUUUUUUACAAAUAAAUUGCAACAAUUUUAAGGGGAAUAUAGAAUCAAGUUUUUAAAAAUUUUGUUGUAUUCAUAUGAUUACUUGUGUCUUGUCUCGCCAUACAUUCAAAAUUCUGUACUUUCACCAUCACCAGUGAAGUAUAUACUUUUACUUUAUAGAAGUAUGUGAAUGGAAUUCCAGCUAUGCGCACAUCUUUAAAUGCUCAGCUUUGUUACGUGAGGUGAAGAAAUUCACAAAUGUAUCGCAAAUUUCAUUUCCUGAAAUAAAUGACAGCAUGU